AUGUUCACACAGCCUUCGCCGCCACCAACGGGCCUUUUCCCGCCUCUCGCACCUUCUACAACCGCUCCACCGGCUCCUCCUUCAUCUCCGGGUCGAGGCAGCAGGCUUCGAGGUUUAAUUCACCUUCAUCUUUUGUCGCGCGACACCGCCAGCCUUGUUCAUCACAACAGAACCACUCCCCACGACACAUCAAUCCCGUCCACUUCGUCCCCCACCAACUCCGGUCACCCCUCGGGCUCCGCCGUGCCUCGUGAGGUCGACUCGGACCCACUCAAUACAACAGCAGACGCACACACAACAACCAACGAUUCGAGCAGGACUCACCGUCGCCGGACUAGCAAAUUUUCUGAGGCUGCCUCUGAAGCCUUACUAAAUUCACGAUCCGAUCCGAACACUCAUCCCGAAAACCUAGACCAAUCAUCCGACGCAGAUAUGACGAGAACACGAUCAGCAACGACGGGCGAUCUCGCCCACGAUGUGUUACCGACCAUACGCUUCUCCGCAUUUUACGAUGCACGAUCAAAUCGACCUUCCCUCUCGUUUACUCCGAUUUCGCGUACGUUACCUACAGGAAAGGAAACCAUUAAGGUCGGUCGAUACUCGGAGAGGGAGAACCACGCUCCUGUGCCGAUCAACACGCCCUCCGCCGCUCCGGUGGGCUUUAAGAGCAAGGUCGUGAGUCGUCGGCACUGCGAGUUCUGGUUCGAAAAGGGAAAAUGGUUCAUUAAAGAUGUUAAGAGUUCCUCUGGUACGUUUUUGAAUCAUAUCCGCCUAAGUGCUCCGGGUACCGAGUCGAAGCCGUUUCCGAUCAACGAUGGCGAUAUAGUACAACUAGGAAUCGAUUUCAAGGGCGGAGAGGAGAUGAUAUAUCGAUGCGUAAAGAUGCGCAUAGAACUUAACAGAGGUUGGCAAUCAAAGCCAAACACCUUCAAUAUGGCAACACACAAGCGCCUACGAGAUUUGACUUCGACAGCGGCAACUUCCGCCCAUGCGCAAGAUUGCUCUAUUUGUCUGAACGCAAUUGCACCUUGCCAGUCUCUUUUCGUUGCUCCUUGCUCCCAUACAUGGCAUUAUAAAUGUAUCCGCGAGAUGUUAAAUGGACCAUCGUGGCCAAUUUUUAUAUGCCCAAACUGCCGAGCUACCGCCGACCUAGACGCCGAAGUGGACGAGCCGUCAGAUGAAUGGCAGCAGUUAGAUUCAGGCGUGGAUGACAUCCAGGAAGAAAAAUCCGUUGGCCCCGCGUCACAAUCGAAUGACGAUGCCGCAUCAUCGGUCCCUUCACCGGUGAAUAGCAACGGUGAUGCACAGCAAUCAUCCAGCGAUGGUGACGUAGGCGAGAUGACGAUGCAACUCGAUCCUGCCACAGUUGCUGCAGUCUCACAAGCCGUCUCAACGAGGCAUACCGUAACGGAACCCGUUCCAAUACCGAACGCAACGCCUCGUAUUAGCGGCGACCGAUCCGCAACAAACCGAACGCCUUCGCCAAACAAUAAUCCCUUGACCAACGCCACCGAAGGCCCAAUUACCCCCCGUAAUGACGCAGGUCCUUGGGUUUUCGAUGGUAACCCUUCACGAGUGAGCCAAGAGAGCACUAGGCGAAAUGGCAUGAGUAGUCUAGACGCAGCAGCACAAGCAGGAGUUGAGAGAUCAUAG